UUCAAUUGACAAGGGAAAAAAAAGAGGCCAUUUCCUUUGAAGGAUGUUCUCUUGUUCCUUCUUACUACUAACCUAGAAUACCAAACCAGUACCCACUUCAAUUAAUUGAUUGACACGGGAACAGAACACAGACAUACCAAAUUCUUAACAAUCUUUGUUAAUUGUUCUUCCUCUUUAGCCUUUAGGGUCUCCAUUCUUUAAUCGACCAACCCAUAUUCUACUGCUCUUCUUCAGAAUCAGACUUACAGGGUUUGUUAGUAAAUAAAAAAACAAAACAAUGUCUGGAAGAAAUCGUCAUCAUCCAGUUCAUGAAUCACCUCAAUACGGUAGAGAACGGAUGCCUCAUCCUGCCCUUCUUGAAGAGAUGAGAGAUGCUCAAUUCGGCCGAGGUCCUCCUCCUCCUAGAUCUCUUAUUCCUCAUCCUGCUGUUAUUGAAGAGAGAUUAGCUGUUCAACAUCAAGAAAUUCAAGGGCUAUUAGUUGAUAAUCAAAGAUUAGCUGCUACUCAUGUUGCCCUUAAACAAGAAUUAGCUGCUGCUCAGUAUGAAUUACAACGAAUGUCUCAUGUUGCUGGUUCCAUGCACUCCGAAAAGGAUAUUCAGUUGAGAGAAUUAUAUGAUAAAUCAAUUAGAAUGGAAGCAGAUCUUCAUGCUUUCGAGGCUAUGAGAGGAGAGCUUCUUCAAGUUCAUUCUGAUGUACAGAAACUCUCCGCGUCCAAACAAGAAUUAACUGGACAGGUGCAAGCACUUACUCAAGAUUUGAAUAGAGCUAAUUCAGAAAAGCAACAAAUACCUGCAGUCAAGGCAGAGAUUGAGAAUAUGAAACAAGAAUUGCAACGUGCAAGGUCCGCUAAUGAACUUGACAAGAAAGAACAUGCACAAAAUUUUGAGCAUGGUCAGGCAAUGGAAAAGAAUUUGAUCACCAUGGCUCGCGAGGUAGAAAAGCUAAGAGCGGAGAUGGCUAAUGCUGAAAAGAGGGCACGAGCUUCUGCUGCUGUUGGUAAUGCAGGUUUGCAAAACUCAGGUGCAGAAGUACUCCAGCAGUAUCCUCAUUCCAGUUAUAAUGCAACUUAUGGCAAUCAAGACACUGGAUAUGCUGCAAAUCCUUAUCCUGCUACCUAUGGCAUGAACCCUGUACAAGGUGGAGCGGAUGGAAAUGUGCAUCAUGGACCUGGACCAGGUGCUUGGGGUGCAUAUGAUAUGCAGCAGCGAGCUCAUGGACGCAGAUAGACUAUGACGCUGUCAUGCUAAGUUUUAGGUACUUAGGGAUUGGAUUUGAAAGUUGCUUCGUGGAUGUCAUUUUGGCGGAUAUGCUUAUUAUGUUUACUUUUUGGAUGACAUUUAUUCUUAUGUGCAAUAUAUGACACUCCACAUUGGCCGUAUCGUAUUACUAGUUAUAGCUGAUUUUUCUAAGCAAAAAGUCUGCAUCAUCGUGCCAUGCUUUCGAUAUGACCUGUUAAUGUAGUUUUUCCCUUAUCAUAAGUAGAAUAUUAGCUGCGCAUAUGCUUAACCACUUCUAAAAAAUUUAUCCCAUGAACAGUUUCUAAAACCCUUGUUUACGAUCUUUAAAUCUUCAUAGCAUGAUCAAGUUUGCAGGGAGUAUCAGAUCUCAAAUAUGUGCUAGUUUGAUGUUCCUUACUGCAAACUUUUUUGGUGUAGGAAAGAUCAAAACCUACAAGCUUUUGCCAUUUCACAUACUUACAUGCUAAAAAAGGAAAAAAGCUCUUUCUGAUAUUAGUUUGAUGUUUGCUUGUGGACACCUUAAACUCGUGAAGAUUCAGAUGAAUUAAAGAAACUUAGACCCAUAGAUUAUCUGAGAUAACCCUCUUUGUUCAAAGGUUUCUAGAGACUUUGUCUUGCAAAAUUAACUUCAGAUAUUUAUGCAAUUUUUCUCUGGGUAUAUUUAUCAAUUCCCAUUCUUCCUUGUCUCUUCUCUCUCUUAGUUGCAUAGAAGUUCAAACUUUAUAGGUGAAGUAGGACGCUUCUGUUUUCCCUGAACUUACUGAGCAUCAAUUAGGGUAAAAUAUAUCUUUGGUAGCUGCUGAUGUCACAAGGUUUUCCAACUGUUGGAUUAUUCUUUCUCAAUUCACAGAUCAAAUUUCUAGGCAGCUGGAGUUGCCGAUCCUGCUUGAUGAAUUUACCAUUCUAUCGUCUUAAUAGCUUUACAUUUCUUAGUAUGGCUGGUUUUCUUUCCUAGUACCAUAGCUUAGUUGUGUGUCUCAUUAUAUUGGUAGAUGUUACCUGUCUAAAUAACAGGUUAAACAGAUCUUUUUUGGUUCAUGUUCGUUUUUUGUCAUUAUUUGGUGUUACAUAUACUUUUGUGCCCGCAAGUGUUUAUUCUUUAGCGAGUCUGACACUUAAAAAAAACAGCUACCAUGUGAAAAAGUUCGUGAGCCCUGGUAUUAUAUAUAUGUAGAAUAGAAUUUGUACGAUAGCAAGUUAGCAAUUAUGUUUAAUUGUCCCUAAUUUGCAUGUCAGGGAGAACUAAUGAUACUUGCAAAUAUAAUUUAUAAAUAAGCUUAAGGAUGCUUAUGGUAGUAAGCAAUUAGGACCAUACCGCAUAAUGAAUCGCAUGCUUCUGGGGGCCAUCAGUUGCACUCUCUCAUAUCUUGUUUUUUAGGAGCUUUAUUUGUGGAUGCAGUGAAGUCAUACAUAUAGUCUAGAUUGGAUCUAUGAAUUUCAAGCGAUCGAAAGUUUCUGGUGUUUCAUGCUUUAUUCGCAUAUAUUGGUGCAUAAAAGCUGGCUUAGAUAGUGAAAUCGGCGCAUGAAGUGCUUUAGCAGCUGGUGCCAGUCAAAGCACUAGUUGUUGCGCUAUAGCGUUAUAUAAGUCAUUUAAGUGAGUAAAUUGUAGUCUUACACUAUGUAAUGUCUGAAAACCCUAACCUGUAACACGAAAAAAUCUGACAUACACAUGGCUUAUAGCUUACUAGUGACAUAGUGUCUUCACCCAGUUAACCAUGUAGUUUAAUCGUUACAAUUUGUAGUUAUGCCCUUGGGCAUCUUGCACACGCUAUUUCUUCCUAUAUAUAACUCUUCUUUGUUUUUAGAUAAUAAAUAUACUUAAUUAGUAAGCAUUUUAUCCCCCAAGCAUUUGUCACGCGAUUGUAAAAGAGUCAGCUUCAUUUUAAACUGUCAUUCACUAUUAAUCUAACCCAACUAGCCAAAAACUGCCGGUCAACUCCAUUACCUCAUAUCUUAUGGCAUCUUGUGACUGUUCACUGUUGUGGAUUUACUUGAGUGGUUUCCAAUGUGGAAAUAGAAACUUAAACAAUUAAUUCUGUUUCUACAGAGACUCCGAUUUUCUGUUUUAACUUUUAAGGAUUGUCAUGGCUUUAUACUGAAACUUCAAGCACUUUGUCGUAGGUGGACUGUAUUGCUUCAUAGUACAGGUUUUUAGGAAGUGGGAACCUAUCUGUAGUCUGAAGUGUCAACCUGGCCAGGUUGACAUGUAGAUUUUGAAGGUCAAUUAAACAUAUUUGGAUUUAUACUUGUCGCCGUUAGGUGUUUUUGAAUUUAGUAUCUCUCUCUCUCUUAAGGGCUUUGUUGUUGAGUACCGAUCCUCUUCCAGCCCCCUCAGGCAAGCUCUUUUAGUGUGUUCAUAAGCCAGAGGGUCAAAUAACAACAAGGAUGUGUAAGUAAGCGAUACUGUUUGAUUUUAGCUCUAUCUGGUUUCGUUCUUUGUCGCGUUUGGAAUCAGAGCAAGAUAACUUCGGCAACAGGAACUUUUCAAGUCAUGUAUUGCUGGUAGAGGUAUAGCAACAAUAGAAAAAAGUGUCUUAUUGAUUGGAUUUAGAGACUGCUGGUCAUUUGCAAGGCAGAAUCACAGGGAAGCUGAAGAUUGUGUUUUAUGGUCAAGAAAUGUGCUGAUUCAGCAAAACAGAUUUGGUAAUAUUCCGAUAUAUCCCCUCCAGCACCAUGAGUUUGGUGGAGUAUGUUUCCAGGUGUGGUCCGUGUGGACAUCUGAAAGGCAUUCUGGCAUAAGUGCAAAAAAAUUGUUGUCUGGAAUUUAUGAGAAUGUGAAGUCCAUCUUUGGUAUUCUCGUAGCAACGUGGAGGUCACUAGUUCAGUCCAAAAUAAACAUAGCAACGGUGGACAAGGGCUCAAAAGAGUAAGAAAGAAACGUAAUGGGGUUGUUUAGGGGAAUGAUCACUUUGUUCAUCUCCUGCAGCUGAAGACUUUCAGGUAAGUAGAUUGGACAGAGGUUUGUCCUUUCUUCAUGACUGCAAACUCGAUGACUCAAAUUAAUGUUCCGUUCGUGGAAAAAAAAUUACCCACAAGAACUUUUUGAGCUCUUCUUAUUUCUUACCCCUGUCACUUGUCUAUUCUUUGUACUUCCACUAUGCCGAAGAAUUUAUUAAACCCUUUCCUAAAAAACAGUCUUAUUUUCUCAUCAUUGUAUGGUAGGAACCAAUGCUAUAGCUGGGGUAUAACUUGGUUACUAUACUACCUUGAUCAUGCCGAGGCGGUUGUCUUUAACUUGCAAGUAAAGUAUAUACCUUGGUUCUAAUUAUUUUUACCGUCAAGAUUUUGUUGCAAUCGAGUUAGCUGAAUAUUGCACCUUGUUGUUGCCCUCUUUGAAUCUGUAAAUAAGAGAGUAGAGUUUAUAUGACCUUGUUUUCAAUUCAGUGCAAGUAUUGGACUGUACGUCUUUACAUCUGAUUUCAGGUUUCUUCACCUUUUUAAGUGUGCCUCUGAGUAGUCUGAACUUGACGAGUUAUGUUAAGUGUGCCUAUGAUAGUCUGAACUUGACGAGUUAUGUUAGAGUUAAUGAGUAGUCUGAACUUGACGAGUUAUGUUAAGUGUGCCUAUGCAGCCUAACCGGCUGUUCCUGUCUUACUAGGUACAAUGACAAAAUGAACGAGAAGACGGAUAGAAGUGGAUAGGCCUUUCUAUCCAUUUCUGUUAAAAACGGGAUAUGAAGCUAGAUUUGCCAAUGUCUUGUUAUGAUCCAGUGAUAGGUCGAUGGGAUGAAGAUUUUGUUCGGGACAGUGAUUUUACUUUCCUUGGUUACAUAGGAAUUGUCUUUUUUAUUCAUUCUAUCAUGCUUGAUAGACUCAAAGCCAUGAUUUGGACGUUAAAGGCAUCAAAAAAACAUUGUGAAUGGAGAGUUAUUGGAAGAAGUGGAUGGUCGGCAUCUGUGACCAUUAAUUUUCUUAGCAAGUUGUGACAUUUAAUUUUCUUAGCAAGUUGUGACAUAGUUGUUUCGGUUGUCCUUGA